GAGAGUCUAAAUGAGCCGCAGUCGGUGCGGCUGCGGGCUGUAGACUGUGCUGUGAGCUCCGCUCUGUUGGUCUCCGUCUCUCCUCCACUCUGACUCUGACGGUCCCCCCGAAGGGUUACAGGAAGUUGGAGCCGCUGCCAUGUUUAGCUGCUUUGUUGUAGAUUUCUUGUAGGUUUCCUGCAGAUUUUUUUAAGUGUUGCAAUGGAGCCGAGCUGGAGUUCAUUUUUAUUUCAGCAGGCAAAUGAAGCGCUACACCACCAGCACCAGGUGGGUCAGAACAGCCUGCUGCCCCUGCUCAACUCUGGAGCUGAACCACAAGACCAGAAGCCUGUGCUGCCCAUCCCGCUGGACCAGAAGCCUCCAGUCAGUGCCACAGAGCUCCUUAAGGACAAUGUGGCCAGUGGGGCGGGUGGAGGUGGGGGAGGAGGAGGCGGUCCAGGUGGAGGGGGUCCGGUGGUGGUCAAAAAAGAGCCCAAAUCCAAGACCCCCUUUAUUUGCGGCUAUUGUAACAAGGCCUUCCGGGACAGCUACCACCUGCGGCGGCACGAGUCCUGCCACACGGGCAUCAAAAUGGUGUCACGACCCAAGAAGACCACCACAGCGCCCACCAUGGUGCCUCUCAUCUCCACGGUGCCACGGGACAACAACGGCAACCCCUCCUACGUCUCUACCGUGGCAGGCAUCCUCACAACGGCCACCACCUCGGCCUCUACGGCGGUUGGCGUGAUGUCCGCCCUACCCCAGCAGCAGCAGCAGCAGCCCAGUGUGCCUAAAAAACCUCCCAAGCCGGUGAAGAAGAACCACGGUUGCGAGAUGUGUGGCAAAGCCUUCCGAGACGUUUAUCAUCUAAACCGGCACAAGCUAUCGCACUCGGACGAAAAACCCUUUGAGUGCCCAAUCUGCCACCAGCGCUUCAAAAGGAAGGACCGCAUGACCUACCAUGUGCGCUCACAUGAUGGGGGUGUGCAUAAACCUUACAUCUGCUCUGUGUGUGGGAAGGGCUUCUCCAGGCCAGAUCAUCUCAGCUGUCAUGUUAAGCAUGUUCACUCCACAGAAAGACCUUUUAAAUGCCAAGUAACGGCUUGCACGUCUGCUUUCGCUACCAAAGACCGUCUGCGCUCGCACAUGAUCCGCCAUGAGGGCAAGGUCACCUGCAACAUCUGCGGCAAGAUGCUGAGCGCCGCUUACAUCACCAGCCACCUGAAGACCCACGGCCAAGCCGGCUUCACCUCCCCCUGUAACAAAGACACUAACAACGUGUGCAACUCUGCCUCAGCCACACCAGUCACUGCCUCGGCUGUCGCCAGCACUACGACCAUGAACCGUGGCACGGUCAGCAAUCCAGUCACCAUCGCCUCCAACACAGUCAACAUAACGGCGCCGGUCAGCCUGCAGCACCCGGUCACCAUCACUGCUCCUGUGAACAUCGCCUCAGUCAAUAUACCAGCCACGGCGCCCAUGAACAUCGCUCAUCCAGUGGCCAUCACCACACCCAUGCCCAUGAACAUCACUGGCCCUCUGAACAUCGCCAUGAGGCCAAUGGAGAGCAUGCCGUUCCUUUCCCAGGUCCUGCCUUCUUCCCCGCCCUGGUAGAACCGAACGUCCACUCAUACACGUCCAACCCUCGUGUUUUAUUUUAAAACAUUGUCUCCUGUUCUGGUCUUCCAUCAGUAGCAUGGGUCCUGUGUGAAGAAAGGGCAUGGAAGGACGUGAGGUAGAAGCUACAAACUAGUGCGGACAGACCGCAGCAGCAGCAGAUGAGAAGAAGUGAAGAUCUAGUAGAUGUUAGAUGGCACUCUGGUUAUCCUUAUUUUUGGCUAAAGAGUAAGCCAACCCAGACUGUCUAGAAUUUAGUGAAGUUGCUUAAGAAAGGAAAAUAAGUAGUUAAUGCAUGGAGUGGAGGCCUAACAUGCUGUAUGUUUGGUGAUUUCACUUUGCUAGUGCCAGAAAAUCUCUGCCAGUAGCCAUUUGAAGAGGAGCAAAUUGCUCCAUCAAAUAGUUUGUGUGACUGGUAUUAACGGUUUUAUGAACUGUGAGGACUUUAUUUUUGUUAUUUUAGCUUGCUCAUCAGUAUUCCCUAGUUUUAUGCAUUGAGUCGUGUACUACAAAAGGGACAGAGGCUUCCAUUUUGUGGAAGAUGGUUGUUAUUAUUAUUAUUAUUAUUAUUAUUAUUAUUUUUUAACAAUACUAUCUACGUAAGGAAAGCUGUUCCAAGGAUAAGUGGUUUUACUUUUCGUGCAGACCACUUAAAACUGUAGCUGUUUUUCUAGUUUUGACGUAAUUUCUGGAGAUGGUCAUUCCUGGUAGAAGAAAAAUUGUAGUAUUGUUUUGAAUAGCUGGGAUAUCCUUCUGCUUAGUGGGUGAUGGACAUUACAGUAGCGAUUUGACACAAGUCUUGCACUGAAAACAUAUCUGAUUGGUGAUAUCCUAAUGGCAGUAUUAUGAAUUUUUUUUUUGUUAUUAUUUUUUUGGUAGUUAAGCUUCCUUAUGUAGAUGUUUGGUCAUCUAGUGGCUUCAAUCAGCACACUGAAAAUGUUCCCCAAGAUAGAAACAAUAUUUUUAAGAGUGUUAAGUCAAUGAGAAAUCUCUACUCUUCCUUCUAUAAGGAUGAGGGCUGAACUCCAUGGACCUUUGCUCAGGUUCUUUGCUGAGAGAAACCCACUCAUUUGACACUCAUAUUAGUAGGAUCAUGCCCAACACUUUUCCAACCUCCUUUUUUAAUACACUAAACCAUUGUCUCCUUAUUUUCUGAAACUUUGAAGUCCCUUGAAGCUGCCACUCAUCUUUGUCAGAAUAGCUGUCUGUUAGGCCUGUGCCUGGUGACGGCUAACCGAGGUACUGCGAUAACUGCCACUAGUGAGGGUAAAAGCUCAUUUACUGCAGGUUUGAAAACAAAUGUUCAUUUACUGACUUAUUUGAAAGACACUAAUAUUUCCACAGGUGAACAUCAUUUUUAACUACUUUGAUAUUUUAAUACCACAUUUAUUGCACCUAGAAUAGAUGAAAUUGUUGUAGAACUGCGACUUGAGUUGCGUUGGUUGAGCUGCACUGGUUGAAUGUGCUCGAUGCUGCAGGCAGAUGUCAUGCCUUCAAAAAGCCCUCCGAGGAUGUACAUUUUAGGACAUCCACAGGCCACAGUGUCAGGUUUCGGACAAAACGGCUUUGGGUCUCAGGAAAAGCGUUAUCAGCAGGUGUCAGACUGCAAACUUUCCAAUGACAGUCACAGUACCAUUCUUUAUAACUAGAUUACACUUUUGUGGCCAAAUUAAAGAUGACCAUGUACUACAACUUCAAUUUUAACCAAGCUAAGCAUAUAAUUUUCUUUUUAGCUUUAACUCACACUGUGUUUGUUCUUGCCUCUGCUUCAGAGUUGGAGGCCAUCUAAAAAUUAAGGCAAGAUAAAGAUUUUGCUAUCAUAAUAUUAGUAGUAGUGGUAGUGGUGGUGGUAGUAAUAUGUCUGAGUACAUCUGCAAGUGCUUCUGGACAUGUUAUCAACAGUGUUUCUGGAAGCAUCAGCUACACCUACAGAGAUAAAACUAAUAAUAAUAGCAGUAAUAACACUUCCAGUAAUUUUUAGACAGUUAUCUUCGCAGUUAUCUGAAUAAGAGCAUCCUGUAACCGGCACAGGCCUACUGUGUAUUAUGAAUGUGCUUCAGUUUAUUAGGUUUACUUUUUUUGUUCCUUGAUUACGGUUAAACCAAAACUGCCAUCUGUUGUUCAGGGUUUGUUGGCUUGGUGUUUAUCCAUGACACUCACCUCUGCUCCAAAUGACUGUAGGAAGUUAGUAAUGAACCAAGGCAAAGUAUUUCAUCCUUUAUGGAUGGUAAAAGCAAUAUCUAGACUGAACUGCUAACCCAUUCCAUUCCUUUCUGACUUAGUUUGUGAAGUUACCCUCCUCUUGAUUGUGUGGUCUGUGUUUUAGGGGUGAGUCUGGACAAACGAGAGAAUCAGCUAAAUGUGCCCAUACUUUAACAGUCAGGGCUGCAGUUGUGGCCCAAAUAUUAUUUUAUUUUAAUAACUAAGGCUGUGUUUAGACGGCAGAGGAAACGUCCUAAAGAGACUCCAAUUUAUUUUUAUCCUCUAUGACCCAAGGCUGGGGGUUUGAACAUUCUGCUACCUUGCUGAAAUGACUGUCAGCAUAUGAAUAUGGUCAAAACUGGAACUGUUCUAGUUAGAUUUAGAGAAUUUGAAUUAUUUUCUGGUCACAGUGAUUGAAAAUAAACAGAUUUGACCGCAAAUAUGUGGCUGCAAAGAAAUCAGACUGAGUUUAAACAAAGCCUAAAACCUACUGUAUGUUUUAAAUUCCUUUGGUAUUAAACUGUCUCCCCAUUUCAACUUGUAGCAGCAUUUUCAUACAUUGCAUGAACUUCCCAGUGAGGAACGUGGUGCCUGAAGCGAUUUCCUUUUCGUUUGUCUGUCUGUGUGUGUGUCUGUCUGUCUGUCUGUCUCUGUCAGAGAGCGUUGCCUUGUUUAACAGGGGCAUCUUGUUUGACUUUGAAAACUGGAAUUUGAGGAAUGGGACUGAUGUGACUGGUUAAAAUCAUUACAGAACAUUUGGGUUUGGAGUAUGCUUAUGCUAAAUGUUUGUCUCUCCACAGUGGCAUUAAUUCUGUGCCUGAUCUGAAAAUGUCUGAAAAUGCCACAGUGUGGAACAUGUCAAAUGUGUGUGAAGAUUUAAGAAUUGUUUUGAUUUGGACAAAGUCACAUUUGAGGAAUUUGUCAUGAGGAUUUUCCUGAAGUAUUGUCUUUUAAACGCCUUAUGCACCAACAGUAUCUUUUUAAAGAAACAUGUUUGAUUACUAGUGAGGGAAGACAUUUAUUUUCCGGUUUGGAUUGGAGAAUGAAACUGUAGUUCAGUCCUUUUUAAAAAUUUUGAUGAAUUGGCAAAAUCUUGUGAAUGCCAGUGAAUGUAUAUCUUUGUACAAAACAGUUAGCUCAGAGGAUGUGGUAGAUAUGUUAGACAUGUGCAAGGAAAAACGAAAACAAGUAAAAUAACCUUUUAUAAAACUUUUUGUAUUAGAACAUUAACAUUGAUAAUUUUGUAUAUAUGAAGACUAGGCUUUUUUGGUUAGCAGAAAGGUAAAACAUUCCUACAUUUUUUAAAUGUAUGUAUGUCAAGAACAAUUAUGUAAACACGAUGCGCAAUGUUUAAUGUGCCUUUUAUUUGGGUUGUCUAAAUAAAAGAAAAUUGUAAAACAUGGA